AUGUUCGGAAUCAUACCAGAUCUCAUCUCCUCCGUCACCACAUUUCUCCUCCCGGCGUACCUCUCAUACAAAGCCCUGCGAACCAACGACCCAGCCCAGACUCACCCGUGGCUGAUCUACUUCACGAUCCUCAACCUCACUCUCCUCUUUGAAUCAUGGACCAUCUUCAUCAUCGGCUGGAUUCCCUUCUACUCGUGGUUCCGGCUCUUCUUCCUCCUGUACCUCGUGCUCCCUCAGACCCAAGGAGCCAAGAUUCUGUACCUUGACUACCUCGAACCUUACAUCGUUGGGCACGAGACCCGCAUCGACCAGUUCAUAGGCGAGGCCCACGAGAGACUGCAGCAGCUGGGUCUGGGCUACCUCAGCGUGCUGAUCGAGUUCAUCCGGGACAAGGUCCUAGGCCAGAAGAGUCCGCAAGGCGACCAUGUCCCGCUACAACAAGGAGGAGGAGCGGCGGCGGCGGGCUACGCAGGCUACGCAAGCUACGCGCAGGAUCUGCUCUCCCGCUUCGCCAUGCCAGGUGCGCGCGCGUCGCAGCCCAACCCGCCCGGCACGUCGUCCGCGAGCGUGUACAGCAUGAUGUCGACGUUUGCCGGCGCGGCGUUCGCCGCCGGGUCCGCGUCAUCCCCUCGCUCCGCGGCCCAGGAAGCGGCGUCCAUUCCGGGAUCGCUGUUCGACGACAUCCCCGGAAGCAGCUCGGCCGAGAAACAGACGUUCGUCUCGGCGCAGCGAGAAAGACUGUCGAACAUGCUCAAGGCCCUGGACAAGGAACAACAGUCCCUCGACCUCGCGUAUGGCCAACGUCCCCCGAGCUCAGGCGGGUUGAAGACCAAAUCCCGGAGUGAGGUGUCCUUUGAGAACGUGGAUUACGACGAAGUGACGCCGCAGCAGCACACACCGCCUCGACCCGUUACUGAAGGUCGCCGGAGCACGAGUGGGAACUGGUUACCUGCUGGUGUGGGUGGGUGGUUCGGAGGAGGAGGAGGAGGAGGCGGUGGGGGCGGCGAUGCUACGAGCAGUCCAAGUGACAAUCAUGGCCAUGGCGGUCACGACGAACGCAGCGAGAGAGAAAGAAUGACGUCCAGGGGCUGGUCAGCCGCCAGAGACAUCACUGAGGAAAUUACCCGAGGCAUGAGUAGUGGUGUGGACAGGUAG